GCCAGAGUCAAGUCGUCUUCUUCUUUAAAAAAAAAUAAUAAAAACACAAAACCAGCGAAUCCCUCUAUCUCUCUUCUCUCUCUCUCUCUCUCUCUCUCUCUCUUUCUCUGCAAAAUUCAAAUAUUUCUUUUUCAUUUCUCAUACCCGUUACCCACUUAACCGGAAAACCAUGGGGAAUUCCCGUUGCAAGUGUUGCAACUUCACCGUCGGUCUAGUUAUUGCUGCUCUUUUUAUGUGGCAGAGAUUUACUACUGCAAAACCCAAAUGCUUUCUUCAAGAAAUUUACGUUCCUGCACUUAACCAAUCCUCAAAUUCACCAUCAAACACCACUCUUUUUUUCCAACUAAAGCUAGAAAAUACCAACAUAGUGAAAGGCGUUUAUUACGAUCCAGUAAAUGUAACGUUUUUCGAUAGUCCUAAUAGGACUCACUCAAUAGGCAAUUUCACAAUCCCAAAAUUCUAUCAGGGGCGUAAUAAGAAAGCCAUCAAAUCUGGUGAAAUUAAUGAUACCGGGCUUGACAUAGAAGCGGUUUUGCGGGCGGUUUCUAAUGGGUCGGUGGUUUUCCGAGUAGAUAUGGCGACUUCAGUGAGGAAUAAGUUUGUGGUAUUUAAAACUAAACGUCGUCGGAUCAAUGUUGGAGCUUAUGUGAAUGUUAGUAAUCAAGGCACUCAAGUCAAUCCUAGAAAGGGAGUAAGAUUAUCUUCUAGUGUAGGCAAGAUUGGGAGCAGUAGUUAUGAAAAAAUCGGAAUUUUAUUAAUUAAAUUUUUUAUUUUUGGUUUUUGAUAAAUUUUUGGUGAGUUUAUUGUGGAUUUUUAAAAAAAAAAAAAUUUAAUUUUUGAAGUUCUUUUUUGGGUAUUUGUAUUUUGUAGUUUUUGAGAAUAUGUUAUUCUUAGCUUUUUCAUCAUUCAUGUAUUAAAUGUAGUAAUUGCAAUGCAAUUUUUGAAUUAUGGCUA